AUGCAUUUGGUAGACCUGUGGUUAACUCGUUCCCUCUCCAUGUGUCUGCUCUUACAAAGUUUUGUCCUCAUGAUACUGUGCUUUCAUUCUGCCAGUAUGUGCCCAAAAGGCUGCCUUUGUUCCCACUCCGGAGGUCUGAAUGUCAGCUGUAGCAAUGCAAACCUCAAGGAAAUACCCAGAGAUCUUCCUCCAGAAACAGUCUUACUUUAUUUGGACUCCAAUCAGAUAACAUCUAUCCCCAACGAAAUUUUUAAGGACUUGCACCAAUUGAGAGUCCUCAAUUUAUCAAAAAAUGGGAUUGAGUUUAUAGAUGAACAUGCCUUUAAAGGGGUGGCAGAAACCUUGCAGACUCUGGAUUUGUCCGACAACCGGAUUAAAAGCGUGCACAAAAACGCUUUCAACAACCUGAAGGCCAGGGCCAGAAUUGCCAACAACCCCUGGCACUGUGACUGCACGCUGCAGCAGGUGCUGCGGAGCAUGGCCUCCAACCAUGAGACGGCCAACAACGUCAUCUGCAAGACCUCUGUGCUGGACGAGCAUGCGGGGAGACCCUUCCUCAACGCUGCCAAUGACGCCGACCUCUGCAACCUCCCUAAAAAGACUACUGACUACGCCAUGCUGGUCACCAUGUUUGGCUGGUUCACCAUGGUGAUCUCCUAUGUGGUUUAUUACGUCCGACAGAACCAGGAGGAUGCAAGGAGGCACCUUGAGUACUUGAAAUCCCUGCCAAGCAGGCAAAAGAAACCAGAUGAAGCCGAUGACAUUAGCACUGUGGUAUAG